AUGCUAGACUCAAAUGCAGAAGAGCUGGAGCACGUUAAGAAGCAAGCUGAGAAAUGGUCGGGCUCGAGUAAAGCAAGCUGGGCUGCGAUUCAUUGUGAUCUCAGUAAACGAGACGACAUCAAAACGGCCGUGAACACCGUCAAGGAGAACUUCGAUGGCAAGCUGGAUCUCCUUAUCAAUAAUGCCUUUCCUACGACACUUUCGAUGUCCGAAGAUCGACGAAUGGAAGCUGAGGGCGAUGCCAUCGAACAAGAAUGGGAUGUGAAGAUUGCCAUUGGUCUUACAGCACCUUAG